AUGGUUGAGUUCGUAUCAUGUGGGUUUCUGUUGAGUAUUGAUAUAGUGAUUCUUAAUAUGCUUCCGGAUAUGUUUUCUGCUGAAAUUCCUUAUAUGAAGUGUAUGAAUUUUGAAUUCGAAAUUGUUGCAUUUGCCUUAUCAAAACCUGAUAUGGAUGCAAAUAGGUUCGGAAGCUCCUUGCCAAUUUGUCUAGGAAUUUUAAAUGGGGAGUGGGGAACUACACAUGCGAGAGAAUAUCACCUUCAUAACACAGCUCAUCACUUGAAGGUUCGAGAUUGGACAAAAGCUACUGGUUUCUUCACAGUUAGAAGAUGGCUUGAGAAAUGA